AUGGGUUCCAACUCUGUGGUUCCAUCCUUCAUGUUUCGAUCGCCCAAGAUUACAGUUGAAAGUUUCAAAUAUAUCACUGAAGUGAAAAAGGCAGAUGCUUUCUUAAGGAAACGGAUCAAAGAAGGAGAUUUGCAAGCAACUUUCUUAUUGGGACAACUCUACUUUGAAGAGGGAUGCUAUGAAACAGCUUUUGAAGAGUUUAACAAAAUUAAAGGCACAGACUUCCAAGCUCUCUAUCAGCUUGGCGUGAUGUAUUACGAUGGCUUAGGCAUUAAGGAGAAUCCUGAAUUGGGUGUGGAAUAUAUGAACAGAAUCAUAAACUCUGAUGAUCCAGGAGCACAACAUUUGAAAUUUGUAGCAUAUUACAACUUGGGCAGAGCUUCCUUCGAAGGAUUUGGUAUCCGACAGAGUAAUAUAGAAGCUGAGAGACUAUGGCUUCUUGCUGCAGAUGAUGGUAACUCAAAAGCAAGCGUGAAAGCCCAAUCUGUUCUGGGAUUGUUCUACUGCAGACCAGAAUCACAGGAUUUGCAAAAGGCAUUCUUUUGGCAUUCUGAAGCCUGUGGCAAUGGAAGUCUAGAGUCUCAGGGUGCAUUGGGCUUACUGUACCUCACUGGACAGGGUAUUCGUAAGGACGCACACUCAGCUUGGGUUUGCCUGAAGGGAGCAUCAAGCAGAGGCAAUGUUUAUGCUCAAGGUCACCUAGUUGCUUACUUCUACAGUCGUAAACUAUACCAUAGCACUGUUGAACUUGCUCAAAGGGUUGCUCAAUAUGACAAUAUCCCACAAAUAGCAAAAGAAACUGAUUGUCUGCCAUCUUACAUAGCAAAGGGUAUCGCCAUGGCUGCUUUCUACUACGCCAGAUGUCUACAGUUGGGUUUAGGGACAAAACAAGAUCAGGUGGAAGCCAGAAAGUACUAUUGCAGGAUAAGGAGCCUAGAAUUGGAGCUGACCUAA